CGGGGCCCCGGCAGCGCGGGAACCGGCGGGCAGGGCCUCGGCGCCCCGAGGGGCUGGGCCACCCGCGUCCCCACGCAGCGUGGCCUGCGGGGCCCGCCCCGCCCACGGGGCCGGGAGGGGCGGUCGGUCGGGGGCGGGCUACGGGAGCCGGCGCGGCCCAGCGGGGAGCGGCGGGCGUUUCCCGGCGUGCCCCGCGGCAGAUUGUACACAAUCAUCAUGGCCGCCGCCGCCGCCUCCGCCGCCGCCGAUGGUGCCGAGGAGCCGGGCAUGGAGGCGGGGGCGCAGGAGCUGCCGCUGGGCUGCGGCGGGGAGGGCGGCUCGCCGGCGGCGGGGAGGUCUCCGGGGGGCGAGGAGCGCCGGGACCCCCCGCAGGCGUCUGUCAGCAACGGCGGCGACGCGGAGGGCGGGAAGGAGCUGGUGGAGCUCAAGGUUAUCUGGAACAAGAACAAGUACGACGUGAAGUUUUGCCUGGACAGCACGGGGGCCGAGCUGAAGCAGAAGAUCCACUCGCUCACAGGCCUUCCCCCUGCUAUGCAGAAAGUUAUGUUCAAGGGACUUCUACCAGAGGAGAAAACGUUGCGGGAAAUCAAAGUAACAAACGGAGCGAAAAUUAUGGUUGUUGGCUCUACUAUCAAUGACGUUUUAGCGGUAAAUACGCCCAAAGAAGCUGCUCAACAGGAGGUCAAAGCUGAAGAAAACAAAAAGGAGCCGCUUUGCAGACAGAAGCAACACAGAAAAGUAUUGGAUAAAGGAAAACCUGAUGAUGUGAUGCCUUCUGUUAAAGGUGUUCAGGAGCGCCUGCCAACAGUGCCAUUAUCUGGCAUGUACAACAAGUCAGGGGGGAAAGUAAGACUGACCUUUAAACUUGAGCAAGACCAGCUAUGGAUUGGUACAAAAGAGAGAACAGAAAAGUUACCCAUGGGGUCCAUUAAAAAUGUGGUGAGUGAACCUAUUGAAGGACAUGAGGAUUACCACAUGAUGGCGUUUCAGCUGGGCCCAACAGAAGCGUCUUACUACUGGGUCUAUUGGGUACCAACUCAAUAUGUUGAUGCAAUCAAAGACACGGUGCUGGGGAAGUGGCAGUAUUUUUGAAAGCACGCUCACCUCUGGCACAGGAAAAUGACACAAAGCUAAGGACACUGCUGGGAGAGGCCUCCAACAUCCCUGGAUGUGAUAGUCCUGGAACUUAUUAAUAAAAUAUGAUAAAUGAGGCAUU